CUACCAACCACUAAUAGAAGGGCUAAGGCGAGUGACAGGGAAACACCAAAAGCCCAAUCCCCCCAAUGCAAUCCCAAAACUUUGUCCCUUCCUUAUCCUAUCUUCUCCCCCUCCUCCCAUUGAAAUCCCUUCUCCAGAUUUCCUUUGUUUAUAUCUCUCUAUAUAUAUUAUCCCAAUCUUUUAAUAGGCUCCAAAGCUCCCAUUGUCCAUUUAUCACAACCCCAUUUUUUCAACUCCAUUCAUUCAUUUCUCAGCAGAUAAGAGUGUUUUUGGGUUUCAUUUCUUUCUUUCUUUCUUUUAUAGCUUUUCUCCAUUUGGUCUCAGAAUUGAACCAAGAGAAGGUUAUGGCCCCCAAGUCUGGCAGGGGAAAGGGAAGCAAAGCCAAGUCUGAGAAGAAGAAGAAGGAAGAGAAAGUUGUUCCUAGUGUUGUGGACAUCACAGUCAUCACUCCCUAUGAUACCCAAGUUGUUCUCAAGGGCAUCUCCACGGACAGGAUACUGGAUGUGAAGAGGCUUUUAGCUUCCAAUGUGCAAACUUGUCAUUUCACCAGCUAUUCUUUGUCCCAUGAGGUGAAAGGAGCAAAGCUUACUGACAGGUUAGAAGUUGUUGCUCUAAAACCAUGUUUGCUGAGAAUGGUUGAAGAGGAUUAUGCGGACCAGGCCCAGGCACAGGCUCAUGUUCGAAGGCUACUCGACAUCAUCGCGUGCACCACGCGCUUCGGCAAGUCCAAAGGCGGGAAAUCUUCAACGGCCUCCGCGAAUGACGCCCGCUCCCGGAAGCACAAGCCGCAGCAGGCUCCGGAGACCGCCCGGCCGAAUUCUCCGUCGGACGGAGCCGUGCAGUCGUCGGGGUUACCCUCUCCUUCCGCUCCGGAGGAAACCGACAUGCUGGCAAUCCACCCGAUUCCGAAGCUUUCGGAUUUUUACGAGUUCCUGUCUUUAUCUCAUCUCCAUCCGCCGAUUACAAGUUUGAAGAGAGUGGAAGUGAAGGAUGGCCAGUCGGAUCAAAAUAGUGAUUAUUUUGAAAUUCAGGUUAAGAUAUGCAAUGGGAAGUUACUACACGUGGCUGCUUCAAAAACUGGCUUUUAUCCUUUGGGAAAGCCUCUUAUACGAGCCCAUAGUUUGGUUGAUCUUCUUCAACAGCUUAGCCAAGCUUUUGCCAAAGCGUAUGAAUCUUUAAUGAGUGCUUUUGUUGAUCAUAAUAAGUUUGGUAAUCUUCCAUAUGGAUUCCGCGCAAACACAUGGCUUGUCCCUCCAGCUCUUAUAGAUCCUGAAACAAAUUUCAUUCCUCUUCCAGUUGAAGAUGAGAGCUGGGGUGGUAAUGGUGGAGGCCAGGGAAGAAGUGGAGAGCAUGACUUUAGACCUUGGGCUUCAGAAUUUCAAUUACUUGCAAAGCUUCCUUGUAAAACCGAAGAAGAAAGGGUUGUUCGGGACCGCAAGGUCUUUUUGCUCCAUAAUCUUUUUGUUGAUGUAGCAAUUGUGAAAGCUGUUGGUGCAAUAAGGAAAGUCAUUGACUCCACUGCGGCAUCUACUCCGACUUCUCUUCACUCAGUUUGGGGUUCAGUGUUAUUUGAGGAUCACAUUGGGGAUUUAUGUGUUACGGUGAUUAAAGAUUCCACUGACGCUAGCUGUAAAGGAUUGAAGAUUGUUGGCAUUAAAAGUUUUGAUGAAUCUGCUGAAGAAUUUGGUCAAAGAAAUUUACUUAAAGGGGUAACUGCAGAUGAAAGUGUCCUUGCACAUGAUACAUUAUCACUUGGUAUGGUUACUGUAAGACACUGUGGUUACACUGCUAUUGUGAAAGUUGCGGCUGGUCAUGCGGAGGAGAGGAGCCUAGUACAAGAUAUUGUAAUUGAUGAACAACCAGAUGGGGGAGCGAAUGCACUCAACAUAAACAGCCUACGCUAUCUCCUUUUAAAUCCAAGGAUGCUUGAAUGUUCUGUGAGAAGCCAAUCUCAUGAAGAUAAACACACAGAUUAUGAAUCUCCUGGAUCCCCCAUUCUUGAGAUUAUUAAAGAUAGUUUGAUAAAGUUGCAAAACAAGCCUCCAAUACUGAAAAAAUCAUUCAGAUGGGAGCUUGGAUCUUGCUGGAUGCAGCAUCUACAAAAGAAGGAGCCUACAACAGAAAAGGAUCCCAAGAAGGUUGGAAAAGAUGGUAAGGAUGAGCUACUAAUCAAAGGAUUAGGGAAGCAAUUUAAAAUGUUAAAAAAGAGGGAGCGUAAAUCUUCGAAUAAUAACGCAACAGAGGCAAAUGAAGCCAUUGAUGACUCAACUAGUACUCCGAAUGUGGAAUGCAUCUUAGCUGAGCAAACCAAUGAUGAGUCCAGUUCAAAGGCAGAGUGGUUGAAAUAUGUUUCUGAAGAAGCAUAUCUCCGUCUCAAAGAGAGUGGAUCGAGUCUUCAUCUAAAGCCACUAGAUGAUAUCUUCAAGAUGGCGGAGAAAUAUUACGAUGAUAUUGCCCUUCCUAAGCUGGUAGCAGACUUCGCCUCUUUAGAACUUUCACCUGUUGAUGGUCGAACUCUGACGGACUUCAUGCACCUAAGAGGAUUGCAAAUGUGUUCUUUGGGAAGAGUGGUUGAGCUUGCUGAGAAUCUUCCACACAUACAGUCCCUUUGUGUUCAUGAGAUGGUCACUCGUGCUUUUAAGUACAUUCUUAGAGCUGUUAUUGCCGCUACUAGUGACUCGGCUUACUUGCGAUCUGCGAUUGCGUCCUCUCUAAACUUCAUGCUUGGAUCCAAUCCAACAGAGGUUAAUAAUGAGAAGUUUAGUGGUGACCAAACUCUCAAGUUCCAUUGGUUAAGUGAAUUUCUAUUGAAAAGAUUUAGUUGGAAUCUGGGAGAUGAAUUCAAGCACCUAAGAAAAUUGUCAAUUCUUCGUGGACUCUGUCAUAAGGUUGGAAUAGAAUUGAUUCCUAGAGAUUAUGACAUGGAAAGCCCAAAUCCAUUUAGUGAAGCUGAUAUCAUCAGUUUAGUACCUAUGUGUAAACAUGUUGUAUGCUCUUCUGCCGAUGGUCGUACUUUGCUGGAGUCCUCUAAGAUUGCUCUUGAUAAAGGAAAGCUGGAAGAUGCACUAAACUUUGGGACAAAGGCAUUGACAAAAAUGAUUGCUGUAUGUGGCUCUUAUCAUCGCACCAUAGCAAGUGCCUAUAGCUUGCUGGCAGUUGUUCUUUAUCACACAGGAGACUUUAAUCAGGCAACUAUUUAUCAGCAGAAGGCGUUGGAUAUUAAUGAGAGGGAACUGGGUCUUGACCACCCAGAUACAAUGAAAAGCUACGGUGAUCUCUCAGUGUUCUACUAUCGCCUUCAACAUAUUGAACUUGCCCUGAAAUAUGUCAACCGAGCCCUGUUUCUGCUUCACUUUACCUGCGGCCUAUCACAUCCAAACACAGCUGCUACAUACAUUAAUGUGGCUAUGAUGGAAGAGGGGAUGGGAAAUGCACAAAUUGCACUCAGAUAUCUCCAUGAAGCCCUUAAGUGUAACAAGCGGCUACUUGGACCUGAUCACAUUCAGACUGCUGCCAGUUAUCAUGCGAUAGCCAUUGCUCUUUCACUAAUGGAAGCAUAUUCUUUGAGUGUUCAACAUGAGCAAACUACACUUCAAAUUCUUCGAGCUAAGCUUGGACCUGAUGAUCUCCGAACUCAGGAUGCUGCUGCCUGGCUUGAAUACUUUGAAUCAAAAGCAUUAGAGCAACAAGAGGCUGCACGGUCUGGAACACCAAAACCUGAUGCUUCCAUUGCUAGCAAAGGACACCUAAGUGUAUCAGAUCUCUUAGAUUACAUAAAUCCAGAUAAAGAUGUAAAGACUUUUGAUUUGCACCGUAAACGGCGUUCAAAGGUGCAUCCAGUGUCUGAAAAAUCUCAGAAAGGACCUUGUGAUGGUAACAACUCUGAGAGCAUAGACAUUGCAGAAAUUUGUAUAUCCAUCAAACCUGUUGAUCAUGAAGAGGAUAAGGAUAGCACUACUUCUCCUCCAGAAUUCAUGGUUCCUCCUAGACCAACGAGUAAUGAACAGCCUCUGCUUGUCGAAGUACCUGUUUCCGAAACUAGUCCAGAUCACGGGUGGCAAGAAGCUAAUGUGAAAGGGCGCAGUGGUCAUUCCACUGCAAAAAAUAGUAUCCGUAAGAGACCAAAUCUAGCCAAGAUAAAAACAGGUCCUGCUUAUUCCUCACGGAACGUGAUAUCUAGGAAAGAUGUUAUCCCGCAGGGGCGCAAUGGUGCAUAUAGAAAAGUUUCUUCUGAAUUCUCUUUUGAAAAAAAGGCUCCCAACUUUAACUCUUCUAAAGUAGCACCUCCAAAAGGUUGUUCCUCAUCAACUGUUAGUGUUUCACCCCCUCCUGCCAAUCUCAACACUGUGUCCUCCAAAUCGCUAUCCUACAAAGAUGUAGCUGUGGCCCCACCUGGUACGGUUCUAAAGCCCUCAAAGGAAGUUGAAGAAUUAAACAAAGACAGUUCCGAUUCCCAGAUAUCUGUUAGUCCGCCUCAGACACCCCCUAUAGAGGAUGCAAGACUCACAGUAAGAGUGGAUGACUCUUCUGGUAAUUAUGAAGAUGAACGGCACAUAGCGAGUGUGCAAGAUACAUGUUGCAAUAUUGAUAAUGAAGAAGUUCAAAGAAGUGGGGGCGGGUCAGAAAGAUCAUUAAGUGAGGCAGAAGAUGUUUCAUCUCCUAAUACUCAGGAAAAGAUUGUGGAGGCGAAUGGGAGCAAGCUUUCUGCAGCUGCUGAACCAUUCAGUCCAGGUGCCUAUGCGGUCACUCAUUUGCUAAACCGUGCUGCCGUUGCUAGUUUCUAUAAUGAAAUUUCCAGGCAGGGCAUGAUUUUAGAAACAGUGGGGUUUCCAUCGAUUGCUGCAAGAGUCCCCUGCGGUCCCAGGUCUCCUAUGUAUUACAGGUCAAGCUUUUCCCGUGUGAGGUACGGUUACCCCAAGUAUCCAAUAUUUUCCAGUGAAGGGGAUGGAUUUGGCCUUGCUACAAGUAUGAAUCCACAUGCUCCCGAAUUUGUUCCAACAAAGGCAUGGAAAGUGCGUUCCACCUCUGAAGAUUCAAAACUCAGUCCGCAUGCUUCUGAUUCUGGUGUAGAGAAAGUCAAGUUGGAUGCUAAACAGAGCAAGUCAUCAAAAUUCGCUCAGGAUGUUGAAAAGACAGAACUAGCUAGGCAAAUACUACUUAGCUUCAUUGUCAAGUCGGUGCAGCAUAGUUCAGAUGCUCAGGCAGAAACUCCAGUUAUGAAGGAGUCAGAGCUUCCAGCAAGCCCAGCUGAAGCAAUUGCAAAUGAUAGAGCCAUCAUAAAGAUACAGUACGGUAAGGAUGAUGAAGGGAUGAAAACGGAGUCAACAGAAACAAUGAAUAAUGAGAGCUCAAAAAUGGUUGAUGUAAAUAGUAGUGGUACCGGUGACGCUGAAGGCUUUGUGGUGGUUGCCAAGCGGAGAAGAAACCGGUCAAAAAUCAGCAGUGGACUAGGUGAAUUGUACAGCCAGCAAUCUAUUUGUGCUUCCGUACGCUGAAUGGAAGCUUCUCCUUUAGGUAUUCCUAGGCAUCCAGCACAUCUUCAUCAGAGUCUGUUUUGAUUUUCUUCAAAUUGACAGGUGUGAUUGUAGGACUCCGACCUAAUAAACACUUGGAAUACAUUCUAAGUUUUGUUGCCUGUGAAGCCAAGCGUUUUUCUUCAAUAAUAAAGGGUCAUUCCAUAUUUUUGUUUGAGGUGGUCACGGUUCAAACUUGACCCAAACCACUGGGUGGUUUUUAAACUGGAAACUGCAUCACCGGGCAGCUCCGGAACAUAAACAGACAUCAUAAUCUGCUACACUCCAGUCUGUUUAUGGCUAAAACAUAUUCCAGUUCUGGUCUGAGUUACAGAUUUUUGUGUUGGAUUUCGGUACCACCGGUUUUAACUGAUUGGUAGGAUUAAUUAAUCAACCCCGCUUAUUGUUCUUGAAAUUUUGGUUUCUGAACCUGACCAUAGCCUCACAUAUUCAAUAUUCCCUUUCUUCCCGUUUUUGCCAUGAGAAUGCAUUAAAAAAGACUACAUGUAAUACUAGACUUAAAUCCAAUUCAUUAGCUGUUUGAACUUUUCUAAAGAUUUGGCUCACAAUAAGAUUGACUAAAACGAUCAUAUAUAUACCGUUAUCAAGAUAUCAUCAUGAAAUUCA